GCUCGAGCUCUGGAAAUCAAUUCAAAACGUUAUUCACAGAACGCUUACGGAUCACGCGACACUACCUCUUUUUUCUUAACAUCUUAUUAUACGUAUAGUAUUCAGUCUAUACCAACAGUCUAUAACGUUAUCAACACAUCAUCCAAAAUGAGCCACUUCAGCAACCCCGACUCCGUUGCCAACCCCCAGCAGGGCGAGUUCAAGCCCUCCGUCAAGCCGACCGCUCCUCUGGAGGAGGGAGGUGUAUGUAUCCCCUUGGUCGUCGCCUGGUUUGGAAAAAGCCCGGCAAGCAAGCUAACAGUCGAGCAGCACCAACCCGGCCGCAAGGUCGCGCCCGCCGACUUCGCCCCCGAGUUCCGCGCCCAGACGCACCCGGCCGGCACGGCGCCCGCCUCCAGCUCCUACAGCGCCAACACCACCGGCGAGGUCGGCGGCCAGGCCCUGAACCCCAACGUCGAGCGGAGCCACGGCAAGGAGUCCGUCAAGACCUCCGCCGCCGACACCCUGAUGGGCGCCACCUCGCAGGACGUGCACACCGGCCUGGGCCACCCGGGCUCCGGCCAAACCAGCGCCGAGCUGCGCCACGACGGCCAGCCCGGCCGCAAGCGCCAGACCGCCGGCCUCGAGAAGGUUGGCGCCUACGCCGACAGCAAGUUCGAGCGCGACAUCCCCGGCCAGCGGGCGCUCGACCGCGAGGAGGGCCAUCUCGCCGGCCAGCGCGGCGACAAGGGUGCGCUCGCUGCCGAGGACCGCCAGCCCGAGCCCGCUACCACCGCUGCUGCCGAGUGGAAGUAUGAGCCCGGCACCAAGCGGGACAACACCCACAAGCACUGAGUCUUCAACGAAAAUGUCGGGGCUGGACCCUGGUGAAUCUCUUAUGGACACAAAAGGAAUCUGUUUUUGUUUUUCUUUUUCGAGCGAGAAGGUUUCCCACGAAUGCUCAUGUAUGAUUACUCUUGAUGAGAAAAGAAUCCAACGAUGCUUGCCAUG